AUCGUUUGAUUCGCAGCGCACUUAAAACCAAUCUGCAUGCCAGGCAACCCUACGCUUGCCGGAGCCGCGACUGUUGCGCCUACUUCCGUAGUUGUUCUGCGCAAACAGGAUUCGCUUCCUUGAUUUGAUUCACUCGAUUGAUUGAGGCUAUUUCUGUUGGCAUAACAUGUCCGCGACAGCACAGUCUCUUUCCGCACUGCGGAGGGCCGGUGGGCUGCUGAACGCUCGCGGGCUAUCGGCGCUGGCGAGCAGGUCGGCCCGCGCGUUCUCAAGCCCCAGCGCCGCUGCUUCCGCUCAGUCCUCGGACGACAGCGCUGCGCCCCCCAAGAUCGUGGUGUUCGGCGGCCGCGGCUUUGUGGGCUCCAACGUGUGCCAUGAGGCCUUCAAUGCCGGGUACAGCGUGCUGGGCCUCAGCCGCGCAGGCACGCCGCCGCUGGCGAGCGGGCGCUGGGUGGACGGCGUGUCGUGGGCCCGCGGCAACGCCCUGGAGCCCGCCACCUACACAGAGCACCUGCGGGGCGCGGCGGCAGUCAUCAGCUGUGUGGGCGGGUUCGGCAGCGCAGAGGAGCAGCUGCGGACCAACGGCGCCGCCAACGUGGCCCUGAUUGAGGCGGCCAAGGUGGCGGGCGUGCCGCGCUUCGUGUUCAUCUCCGCAAACAUCCCCAAUGUGCCUGGCAUUGAGGCGCUCAUCGGCGGCUACAUCCGCGGCAAGGCCGCCGCCGAGGAGGCCCUGCGCGCGCACUACCCCGGCACCGGCGUGGCGCUGCGCCCCGGCGUCAUCUACGGCGACCGCGCCGUCAGCACCAACAUCACGCUGCAGCUGGGCCUGGUGUUCAAACCGCUGGAGAUGCUGCUGCAGAGGCUGGGGCCGGAGACGGCGGCGCGGAUGGCGGCGGUGCCGCUGGUGGGGGCCGCGUUCGUGCCGCCGGUGUCGGUGGAGACGGUGGCGCGGGCGGCGGUGCGUGCGGCGGUGGACCCGAGUGUGCCGGGCGGCGUGAUCGAUGUGUGGGAGCUGGAGGCGGCGGCGCAGAGGAUGGGGGCGCAGUAGGCGGAGAAGCGGGGUUGGAAGAGCGGUGCUGGAAGAGCGAAGCCGACGGAAGGGCGGCUGGGGCGAGGCUGGGUAUGGUCAAGUGGGCGGGUGCCGGUGGUGGUGGCCUAGUUGGGUGCACUGGCACAUGCUAGUUGCAGCCCCUGAGCUGAUCGCUCGUUCAAGUAGUUAUUGUUGGUGUGCGUUGCAUUGUCGCGUCGAGGUGUGUGUUGUUUGAUGCAUGUGCGCGCAUGCUGCUGAAAUCUGAUCGUGCCGAAGGCGGCGCUUGCAGGGGUGCGGGGUGGCCAGCCUGUAAUCGUGCGGAGCU